GCGGUGGCGACGCCGACCACCCCGCCCGCGCCCCACGGCGGGUAUGGUGGCCGCCUGGAGAAGCGGAGCAAGUGAGAUGCGCGACACACCAAACUCCGCCGUCACGCGUGCGGUCUCUCUCGCACCAACGGCGGCAGUUGGGCCGGCUCCAUCGCAUCCAUGAGCGGCUCUGACGCGCCGGGUCCAUGCCGCGCUACAACGCUCGCGUGCCGGCGGCGCGGGCCGCGGGCCCCGCGGUCUGCCGCGGACGCGGAGUUGUCGGCGGGGCGCUGUUUGACCAACACGACGACGCGACGUGCCGCGCCGGGUGCGACCGUGAGCACCGCGAACAACAGUCGUGUUGGCGGCAAAGGGACCCGCCGUGAUAAGGGAAUCACCGACCGAGUCCCGGGGAAAGCCCAGGGCAGCGGCUGUUAUCCUCAGCUCAUUCGCCAUCGAGAGCCUGUGGCUGCAGAGUCCUCCCCGGCCGAGCCAUCACCAUGAGGACCUCGAUGAGGCCGUCCCUCCUCCACCUGCUGGCCCUGGGAUGUGCGCUGGCGGUGCCGACGGCAGGCGCAGCACGCGUGGUGGCCCGCGCACUACCGGGGUCCCUGGCUCUUGACGAGGUGCCCGGUAACAACAACCAGGGCAUCGAGGUCGACGGUUUCCAGGACUUCCAACCUGAGGCGGAGGGUGAGACUAUAGACCUCCUCGUGCCGCCAAUGAUAUGGGGACUGCCGGAUCACGCUGAACAUAGUCAGGCUAUCAAGAUGGCACUGAGUCCCUCACAGAGAAUCUCUUUGGCAUCUUUGCCGUCAAUCUUGCCACACUUUAACACCUCCUGCUCUUGUGCCCAUUGGACCUGUGCCUGCUGUGCAAGAGUGGAGAUAAAACCUCUGCGCAAGAAUAAAACAGGUUGCGCAAGUUUAUCUUAUGUAAAGGAAUCCAUUGCCAUUGUGCUUCGUUUGGCUAUGAAUAAUCGCACUCUUAUUGAACGAGAGUUAAUUUCAGGUUCAAAUCCCCCACCAUUCUGUUUUCCUAUCCCCCAAUUCCCAGUGGUGACAGUUUGUCUACGACUUGCAAAUAUCAGCCUAACAGAUGAUGCAAGGGUUCAGGCAUGUGCAGCAGUAGAAAUUGGACUUGUUUUCACAUCUCCUUUAAUACGUCUUCGCUUUGGUUGCCUAAAAAUUGGACCUGGAGGUAUCUCAUGGGCUGGUUCACCAUCCGCUCAGUCCAUUCAAUUCCCUGCAGUUGAUGAUACUCAGACAACAAUGCAACAAUUUGCAGCAGCUCUUAACUCCACUGACAAUGAACAGUAUUUAUUACUACAAUCUAUUUUGAGACAGGAAAGUCUCCACAAAAUGAACACAUCAGAGUCACCAUCCUGGAGUAGAAAGAAUCAAUGGCCAGUUAUUCAGCGGAGAAGUAUGAGGAAUAAUAGUAACUAAUAUUGCAAAAUUCCAACAUUUAUUCAGUUAAUGCGCACACA